UAGUCGCAACUCACAAACAAACUCAGAGAUUUGAGUACUGCAGAGAGAAACCUAGAGAGAGAGAGAGAGAGAAAUGGAGAAAUCAGUGAACCCAGAUGCGAUAGCAACAAUACUGGCAAACCCAUCUCCAGAUUCGUCCACUGAUAUUGUUGUGCAAGUGGUGGAUCUCAAGCUCGCUGGUAGUCGAUACAUGUUUAAUGCCAAUGAUGGGAAGAUGAAACUCAAAGCGAUUUUCCAAUCAAGCAUGUCCACCGAGGUCAUCUCUGGAAAAAUCCAAAAUCUUGGUCUCAUCAGGAUUCUUGACUAUGCUCUCAAUGAUAUUGCUAGUAAAGGAGAGAAAUAUCUGAUUGUAACAAAAUGUGAGGUGGUUUCUCCUGCACUUGAUUUGGAAAUCAAGACUCAGGUGAAAAGUGAGGAAUCUGGCUUACUGUUGAAGCCAAAGGCCGAGGAUGAAAUCAAGAGUGAGGUAAACAAUGAAGGAACAUCCAUUCUUCUGAAGCCGAAGAAAGAAAUGGUUACCAAAUCAGCUGCCCAAAUAGUGCAUGAACAGCAUCAAAAUAUGGCACCGGUGGCUCGAAUGGCCAUGACACGUAGAGUUCAUCCUCUUAUUUCCUUGAACCCCUAUCAAGGCAUUUGGACCAUAAAAGUUAGGUUAACAAGCAAAGGAACAUUGCGUACAUAUAAGAAUGCAAGAGGGGAGGGAUGUGUCUUCAACGUGGAGUUAACAGAUGAAGAUGGUACACAAAUACAAGCAACAAUGUUUAAUGAGGCCGCUAGGAAGUUCUUUGACAAGUUCCAAUUGGGAAAGGUUUAUUACAUAUCAAAGGGAACUCUAAAACUUGCCAACAAGCAAUUUAGUUCGGUGAAAAAUGAUUACGAGAUGACCUUAAACGAGAAUUCUGAGAUGGAGGAAGCUAGUGAUGAAGCAACUUUCAUUCCUGAAACAAAAUUCGAUUUUGUCCAGAUUGAUCAGCUGGGUCCCUAUGUUAAUGCAAAGGAGCUUGUUGAUGUUAUUGGAAUUGUCCAAAGUGUCUCUCCUACAAUGAGUAUCCGAAGGAAGAGCAAUAAUGAGAAUGUUCCAAAGCGUGAUAUAGUUAUUGCAGAUGAUACGAAAAAGACUGUUGUGGUUUCUUUGUGGAAUGAGCUUGCCACUGACGUGGGACAGGAAUUGCUUGAUAAUGUCGAUAAAUCUCCCAUAAUUGCAAUUAAGUCUCUUAAAGUUGGAGAUUUUCAAGGUGUGAAUCUAUCAACACUGCCCAGAAGCAUCAUGCAGGUCAAUCCGGACACUCCUGAAGCAAAGAAACUGCGAUCUUGGUAUGAUUCUGAGGGUAAAGGUGCUUCAUUGGCUUCUGUCGGCUCUGGCAUGAGUCCUUUAAUCAAGAGUGGAUUACGGUCUAUGUACUCUGACCGGGUUUCCCUUGCCAAUAUAUUAAGUAACCCCUCCUUGGGAGAGGACAAGGCUGCAUUUUUCAGUGUUAGAGGAUAUAUAAGCUUCAUCAAACCGGAUCAGGCAAUGUGGUAUCGGGCUUGCAAAACAUGCAACAAGAAAGUGACAGAUGCUCUUGGUUCCGGUUAUUGGUGUGAAGGGUGCCAAAAGAAUGACGAUGAGUGUAGCUUAAGGUACAUUAUGAUGUCAAAAAUCUCGGAUGCAAGUGCUGAGGCCUGGGUUUCUGCAUUCAACGAAGAAGCAGAGAGAAUGAUUGGUUGCUCCGCAGAUGAGCUUGAGAAGCUAAAGUCACAGGAGGGAGAAGAGAAUCCAUACCAACUGAAGUUAAAGGAAGCUACUUGGACUCCACUUCUUUUCAGGGUUAGUGUUGCACAGCAUGAGUACAAUAAUGAGAAGAGGCAGAGGAUAACAAUCAAAUCUGUUGCACCACUUGACUUAGCUGCUGAAUCCAGAUAUUUGCUAGAGGAGAUAUCUAAAAUGAAACUUAGCCAAUAGGAUCAUCUGUUUGUUCUUAGUUAGUGUCUUGGUUAUAUACCUUCAAUUCUCUACAUUAGAAAAUAGCAGUCUUUUGUUUAUGUAUGGAUGGAUGUGAGGUCUCGUAGGAGUUAGGAUAUGACUGGUUUUAUGACAGCAGAUGAUAUAUAUAUGCUUCUUGCACUUGUGUAGUUGGUUUCUUGA